AUGGCACUCAGUGGCAGCAUCUCUUCCGCGCUUAAUUGCUCAACCGCCGCGCUUUCCGUAUCACCCUUCUUUGGCGCAGAAAUCCUCUCCGUGGAGGCGAACCUCGUCCAGAACUACUCCACGACCGUCCGCAGAGACUAUUUCUUCGGCCACCCAACCCUCACCGGCACCGACCUCAACUUCUGCAACGUCACCGUCGCCCACACCCACCCCGGCCGCAACGACACGCUCCUCACCAACAUCUGGCUGCCAACCGCAACAUGGAACGGGCGCCUGCAAGCCAUCGGCGGCGGUGGGAUGGUCGCAGGGAUGUUCCCGCUGUCCAACAUGGGCAUGGCCGGCGCCGUCAUCGAAGGCUACGCCGGCGUCACGAUCAACGGCGGGCUGCCGAGCGAGGACGCACAAGACUGGGCGCUGCUGAGUCCCGGCAACGCGAACCUCUACGUCCUUGAGGAUUUCGCAUCGCGCGGUCUGGCUGACGGCACGGUCAUCGCGAAGGAUGUCGUCCGCAGCUUCUACGGGAAAGAGGCGGAGUACUCGUACUGGAGCGGGUGUUCGCAGGGCGGCCGCCAGGGCAUGAUGCUGGCGCAGCGCUACCCGACGCUGUUCGAUGGCAUACACGCGUCGGCGCCGGCGUUCAACUGGAAUGAGUUCCUUGUUGGAGACUUCUGGGUUCAGCAGGUCUUGAACGAGUUCGGCGAGUAUCCGCACCCGUGCGAAUUGGACGCUCUCACGACUGCUGCUAUUGAUGCGUGCGAUGGGCUCGAUGGGGUUGUCGAUGGUGUCAUUUCGGACAUCGACGGCUGCACGUUUGAUCCGUACACCAUGGUCGGCACUUCAAUCACCUGCGCCGACACCAACCAAACUCUCUUGAUUACGGAGGCUGCUGCCGUUGCGGCGGAUGCAGUCUGGACGGGCACGAACGGGACCGCCCCGUGGUACAUGCCUGGCCACCAGGCAAACAUGACCAGGUUUGACGGCGUGGGCGGUACGUCGUGUGCAAACGGCACGUGCACUGGAGCACCGCAGGCUUUGUUUACGGAUUGGAUGUCCUACUUUGUCAUGAAGGACCCGGACUUUGACUACUCGAACAUGACAAGAGAGCAGUACUUGGACGUGUAUCAUGCUGCAGUCAGAGAGUACACUUCAAUCAUCGGGACCAAUGACAGCAACCUUACCGCCUUCCGCAAUGCUGGGGGCAAGAUGAUCACUUAUCAUGGACUGGCUGAUCAAAUCAUCCCUUUCGGAAACACAAGACACUACUACGACGCCGUCAUGGCCGGGGACUCAGACGUCAAGGAUUACUUCCGGUUCUUUGAAGCACCGGGCGUGGGCCACUGCUCCGGCGGCGCAGGCGCACUGCCGGACCACACGUUUUACAGCUUAGUUGAUUGGGUUGAGAAGGGCAUCGUACCAACGGUGCUGGAGGCAACGAGCGAUGCCGACGCUAACGGGAAUGUUCUGGAAAGGAUUCUCUGCCCCUAUCCACAGAAGGCGAAGUAUGAUGGCUCUGGAAGUGAGGACUCGAAGGACAGUUGGUCGUGCUCAGCUUAG